AUGUCCCUCAACGAAAUCACAGGCAAACUCGCCCUCAUCACCGGCGCAUCAGGAGGUAUCGGAAGCGCCUGCGCCCGUCGUCUCGCCCAGAAUGGGGUCCACCUCGCCCUGACCUUCUCCACCAACCGAGCCGCCAUCGACCAGCUCGUCGCCGACCUCCAUUCCACCUCAACUGCAACUCCCCUGUGCAUCUCCACCCACCAAGUCGACGUGAGCAGUCCCGAGCAGCUCGACCACCUCUUCACGGAGAUUGAGGAGCGUCACAGCCAGCGCCCGGACAUCCUGAUUUCGAACGCCGGGUACGGCCACCGCAUCCCCAACGUGUGGGACAUCCCGCUGGACGAGUUCGACCGCAUGUUGACCGUCAACCUGCGGGCGUCUUUUGUGCUAGUCAAGGGGGUGGUCGAGCAUAUGAAGGCUCAGCGGUGGGGACGGAUCGUGUUCAUGUCGUCGAUUGCGGCAAGAGGUGGGGGGAUUAAUGGGUGUCAUUACGCCGCUUCAAAAGGUGGUCUGACGGGGAUGAUGAUGAACCUGGCGACCCGGUUGGCGGAGUACAAUAUCAGCGUGAAUGAUGUGGCGCCGGCGAUGAUCGGGGAGACGGGGAUGGUGGCGAGCGCGGAGGCGAUCCCCCGCGAGGUGGUCGAGGGGAUCCCGGUGGGGAGGCUGGGAAAGCCGGAGGAGGUGGCUAAUGUGGUCAUGUUGUUGGUGACGACGGGGUAUAUGACGGGGCAGAGUUUGUUGCUGGCGGGGGGGUUGAAGUGA